AACAAAAUGGAGGGAAAUGCAAGUAUGGGUCAUUUGAGCAUUGUCAAAUUUUACGAGAAUCGAUCUGUUUUUAUUACGGGAGCGACGGGAUUCAUGGGUAAGGUUCUGGUGGAGAAGAUUUUGCGAUCUUGUCCUGGCGUGGAGCGUCUCUACCUGCUGAUGAGGCCGUCAAAGGGUCAAAGUGUCGAUUGCCGCCUUCGGGAAUUCAUCCAAAAUCAGAUAUUCGGUAAGGUCAAAGAACAGCAGCCAAACGUAAUGGAGAAAAUCACGGCCGUGACAGGUGACGUCACACUGCCUCAACUGGGGUUGUCACCAUCCGAUUUGCAACUGUUGACGGAAAAUGUUUCUGUCGUCUUCCAUUCUGCCGCCACAAUCAGAUUUGACGAGGAACUCAAAACGGCUCUGGUUAUGAACGUGAAAGGGCCGAUGGAGUUGCUCGAAAUUUGUCGCAAAAUGAAACACCUUGAGGCAUUGGUGCACCUGUCGACUGCCUUCAACAAUCUUGACCGGGAAGAAAUUAAGGAAGAGGUUUACUACAAUCCGAAAGUGAAUCCAGUGAAAUUAAUUGAAUUUCUCGAUGGUCUCGAUGACGAAACACUUAAAAUCAUAACACCUGAACUAGUGGGUGGGUGUCCCAACACGUACGUUUAUACCAAAGGCUUGGCCGAGCAACUGCUGGAGACUAAAUGUGGAAGCGUUCCGUUGGCAAUUGUCCGGCCAUCCAUCGUGACUGCGGCUGAAAGUGAACCUUUUCCCGGUUGGGUCGACAACAUGAACGGAACAACAGGGACGAUUGUUGCUGUCGGCAAAGGGAUCUGUCAUGUCAUGAAAAUAAACAAAAAACAAGUCAGUGAUAUUAUUCCAGUGGAUUAUCCGAUUAACUUGAUGAUUGCUGUGGCUUGGUACUUAGCAUUACAUAGACCAACUGGCGUCCCCGUCUACACCUGCACCACUGGCCAUAGAAACCCACUCACGUGGGGUAUGCUAAAACAUUGGGUCAUGCAAUCUUGGUUGAAGUUUCCCACAAAAGAUAUGCUGUGGUAUCCCAGCGUUCAUUUAACAAUUAACGAUAUUUCGCUCAAAAUCCGCCAGACUUUAUUUCACUAUCUGCCAGCCUACUUGUUGGACUUGUUUAUGCUAGCUACGGGCAAAAGCGCAAAAUGGGUCCGGCUCUACACAAAAGCAGAUAAAGCUUUUGUUCCUUUGGAAUUUUUCACAUCUCAUCAGUGGCGAUUUAUUAGUGACAAUCCAAUUCACUUAUCGAAGGAGAUGACCACUGAAGACCAGGAAAUGUUUUACUUUGAUGUUCGUAAAAUCAAUUGGCAAAAUUACUUCGAAAAUUACAUAUUAGGGGUUAGGAAAUUAAUUUUUAAAGAUGAUCCUGUCACUCUCCCAUUGGCCAGAAGCAAUCUCAAAAGAUUGUACAUGGUGCGACAGGGUUUAUUACUCAUUUUGUCAAUGAUUCUUAUUUUCAUUUUCAAAAACUUUUUCUUGUCUUUCUUUCUUAUUGGUCCCCAGGCUUUUUUUCUGUUUACUGAGUUAUUUUCUUUUUAAUUCAAAUUUAAUAUUUUUUUCUGCUCUCAUAAUAUUUAUUGAGAAAAAACAUUGAUACAUUUUGAUAACGUACGCUUUUUUUUAUGACAAUUAAUGUUGUUUGGAUACAAAAAAUAAAAAAAAAAAACGUUA